AAUUCAUGCAAAAAUAUAAAAAAUAAAAAUAAAAAUCCAAACUUUUUUGUUUGAAACUAUUUGCUCUGUAUUGGCAAUAAUCCCAAAGCUCGUGGCUUUAGCGGCAGGGUGAGUCAUUGAGUUGUUAAAGUACACUUUGAAGACAGUGCGCGUCGUCUUCCUACUUUCAUGCUUCUUUUGCGUGCCUGUUUUUUUCCUCAUCUGCGUAAAAACUCGAAAAGCUGAUUCAUUUGGUUUCUAUGCCUGUCAUGAUAUAAUCGUUUCUGCUUUUUCCCAUAGUGAUUAAUGCGUGUUUCUGCUUCUGGGUUUUGUCUCUUGUGAACUGUAUCCCUGUAAGGGGUACUUCGGAUGUGGGUUUUGGUUGUUGGGGUGUAGUGUAUUUCAGAUCUCUGCUUAUUCCCUCAGUGAUUGUGCAUGCUUGUUCUGCUUCUGGGUUUGCCUUUUCUUUAAGAACUGCACGGCUUGUGAGGGAGAUUUUUGGAUGUGGGUUUUGAUUUUGAGGUGUGUUGAGUUAGCGUCGGGGUGCAGUCAGUGAUUGUGCAUGUUUUCUGCUUCUGUGUUGGCUUUUUAAUGAACUGUACGGUCUGUGAUGAAGAAUUUGGAUGUGGGUUUUGAUUGUGGGGUGUGCUGAGGAAUUGUGGGGGUGUGGGAUUUCAGAACUUCUGGGUGUGCUGAGUUAUGAAAGAGAAGGGUGACGGGAAAGUUGUGGUGGUGGCUGUGGAAGCAUUGAAGGAGAUUCCAAGGACUGCUCUGGUGUGGGCUUUGACUCAUGUUGUGCAGCCUGGUGAUUAUGUCAAGCUUUUGGCUGUCAUUCCUUCUCACUCAAGUAAAAGGAUAUGGGAUUUUGCAAGGUUUACCAACGAUUGCACGACGAGUCACCGGAGGUCUUUCUCAGGAACCAUGUUAGAUGACAAGGAUGACAUUGUGGACUCAUGCUCUCAGAUGCUGCUGCAACUCCGAGAUGUCUAUGAUCCAGAGAAGAUAAAGGUCCGGGUAAAGAUCGUCUCUGGCACACCGUGUGGUGUUGUGGCUUCUGAAGCAAAGAAAGCUCAAUCAAACUGGGUUAUAUUGGACAAAAAGUUGAAAUGUGAAAAGAAACACUGUUUGGAGAAGCUGCAAUGCAAUGUCGUGAUUAUGAAGCGAUCUGGGCCAAAGGUUCUUCGGUUGAAUUUGGUUAAUUCUCCAAAGACGGAACCUGAAGCGCCUUUGUGUUCGUUGUCUGAAUCAGGAUCUUAUCCAAAACUUCUGAAAAGCCAGUGUGAAGAGUGGCAUAUGAUUAGAGGGCCGACUGUGACUCCAACUAGUAGUUUCGACCGCGAGUCACCUCUGACUGCUACGGAUAUUGGAACAUCAUCUAUAUCAAGCUCAGAUGCAGGGACUGUCAUGCUCGAUUCUGAAAUUUUGGGGAGGUUAAAGCAAGAGUAUCAGUAUGCGAAUGAUUCUGACAAUGAGGCAAACCAUGAAAACCGGAGUUCUUGUCAUGCGAGCUCAUAUUGCCAGCCAUGGAUGACAACAGAUUACCUAAGUUCCGGUGGUGAAUUUUCAAGAUAUGUGGCAGAAGGUUCCGAGAGACAUUACAAUAAGGCUUUGAUUUCAACAUAUGGAACCUUGCUGGAUAAGUUAGCCAACUUAAAUCGGCAACCUGAUGUUGGAGUAUUGAAUUAUAGGCUUGAUUUGAACUUAAGCAGAAGUGUACGUGAAGCAAUCUCGCUAUCCAGGCACUCACCUCCCAACCCUCCUCCAUUGUGUUCGAUAUGUCAGCACAAGGCACCUGCAUUUGGAAAUCCACCUAGGUGGUUCACUUACGCUGAGCUGGAACUUGCUACAGGUGGAUUUUCAGAAGCAAAUUUCUUGGCUGAAGGUGGAUAUGGCUCUGUACACAGAGGCGUCUUACCGCAUGGUCAGGUUGUUGCUGUCAAGCAACAUAAAUUGGCUAGUUCUCAAGGUGAUAAGGAAUUCUGCUCAGAAGUAGAGGUCUUAAGCUGCGCGCAGCAUCGCAAUGUUGUAAUGUUGAUCGGAUUCUGUGUGGAGAAUGGUAAAAGGUUGCUAGUUUACGAAUAUAUGUGCAAUGGAUCUUUGGAUUCUCAUCUGUAUGGGAAAGACAGUUGCCCGUUAAAAUGGUCUGCACGACAAAGAAUUGCAGUUGGAGCAGCUCGAGGGCUGAGAUACCUUCAUGAAGAGUGCAGAGUGGGUUGCAUUGUCCACCGGGAUAUGAGGCCGAACAAUAUCCUUCUGACCCAUGAUUUUGAACCAUUGGUCGGAGAUUUUGGACUCGCACGGUGGCAACCAGAUGGAGAUAUUGGGAUGCAAACAAGAGUACUUGGAAGAUUCGGUUACUUGGCUCCAGAAUAUGCUCAAAGUGGACAAAUCACAGAAAAAGCUGAUGUGUAUUCGUUCGGAGUAGUAUUAGUAGAGCUCGUUACAGGACGGAAAGCUAUGGACUUAAACCGCCCGAGAGGCCAGCAAUGCGUCACUGAAUGGGCACGCCCCUUGCUCGAAAAGGCCACUUUCGAGCUGUUAGACCCGCGGUUAAGGAACUGCUAUUCGAAGCAACAGGUUUGCAACAUGAUGCAAUGUGCUUCCUUGUGCAUCAGGCGUGACCCUCGUUCGAGGCCUCGAAUGUCUCAGGUGCUUCGGAUUUUGGAAGGCGAUGACAUUCCGGCGAAUUCGCCAAAUCAUUCUUGCUUGAAGGAGGCCUUAUGAGGACAUUCUGUAGACAUCCCGGAGAGAUAGAUAUGCCUGUAAUCAAGUUGAAUAUAUGUGGAGAUUUUGUAGACAACUGUCAUCUUCCUGUUACUAUAGUAAAAUUAGUGUAAGAUUUUGAUAUAAUGAGCUUCUUUACUGUCA